CGACAGAGAAUGCUGGUUCAACCUUUUUAAUGAACCCUUAAACAUCAAAUGCAUAGCGCUUCUUCUGAUGAAUGAAACAUCUCUUCUCAGAGCCAGGAAAACAAUUAAGAAGCACUCGGGAGGGAGACUUUCAAGAUGGCGGACGAGUAAGACGCGGAGAUCACCUUCCUCUCCACAAAUACAUCAGAAAUACAUCUACACGUGGAACAAUUCCUACAGAACACCUACUGAACGCUGGCAGAAGACCUCAGACUUCCCAAAAGGUUCUGGAAAAGAUCUGUAACAUUCUACGUACUGAUUCUCUGGCAGAAGUUCUACAGUGGCUGCUCCAUGCAAGUUCCAAAGAAAAGGAGUGGGUCUCAGCUUUGAUUCAUGCUGAACUGGCUGAGAUAAACUUGUUAACUCCCGUCAGAAGAAAAGCCUCAGCGGAACUAGCAGCAGAGACUGGCAGGCCACCCAAAGUUAAACCCCCCUUAGAUUCACCAGCAAAAUCAGAAGUGCUAACCAGUUCUAGAGAAGGACAACAGAGCAGAACAAUGCAAGAUUAA